AUGGGGAAAGCACCAACACCUCGUUGUAUAAUUGUUCGUCACGGACAGACCGAAUGGUCUAAGUCGGGGCAAUACACGGGCUUGACCGAUUUGCCAUUAACCGAUUAUGGUGUCGGGCAAAUGAAAAGAACUGGUGAAUCAAUCUUCCGCAAUAAGUUUGUCGAUCCAGAAGAAAUCACCUACAUUUUCACGUCUCCUAGAACCAGGGCUCAGCAGACCGUAAAACUCAUUUUGGAGAAAUUGCCUCAAAAGCAGAGAGACAGGAUUCGUGUGGUGGUCGACGAGGAUCUCAGAGAAUGGGAAUAUGGUGACUAUGAAGGCCUCUUGACUCAUGAAAUUGUGGAAUUGCGUAAAUCGCACGGUUUAGACCAGAACAGGCCUUGGAACAUUUGGAGAGACGGUUGCGAGAACGGUGAAAGUACCGAACAAUUUGGACUAAGACUCUCGCGUGCCAUUGCUCGAAUCCAAAACCUACAUAGAAAACACCAAGCAGAGGGCAUUGCUUCUGAUAUAAUGGUGUUCGCCCACGGCCACGCUCUGCGCUAUUUUGCCGGAUUGUGGUUAAAGUUGGGUGAAGAAAAAUCUUGUGAUGGUCAGGAACCUCAACCUCCUACUUACCAAGAUUCAAGCGUGCCUUAUGUUGCCCUUAAGUCAUACCGCCACUUGGUUGACAAUCCUAAUUUCUUACUCGAUGCUGGCGGGAUCGGUGUGUUGUCUUAUGCUCAUCAUAACAUUGAUGAGCCAGCUUUGGCUCUGGCAGGCGCAUUUUUGUGCCCUCCAGAAGAAGAAUCUCAACAUGGAUCAACCGCUGACUGA